ACGUGUAAACAGUUGACAGCCGGCUGUCGAACUACGCAGUGGCAUUAAGUAUACGCACGGUAAAUAACAAAUUUAUCGCCAUGGCUAAAGCGGACUACAAUCCAGCAUUAACGCGUGCAAAUAGCUUGGAAAUGUUCAAAUUUGAGGAAUGCGAAAAGAUCUUAAUGUCUGUGCUGCAAGAUGAAAAGCAACAGGGAAAACUAAAAGAAUUUGAAAUAUUGCCAGCCAUUGAACAUGUUGGUUUCCUAGGCGAAUACUAUCAUCUAAUACUCAGUUAUCAAUUGGAUCAGGAGACGGAAGAACGCACAAAACGCUUGUUUGUCAAGUCGGUUUAUCAAAAUUUAGACAAGUUGUCUUACGAGGAAAAGAAGUCCAUACAUAAAAAGGAAGCGAUGCUCUAUGAAACGCUGCUCAAUGAAUUAAAGUUAUUCUCUAAACAUUUUUGGUGUGCCAAGUGCUAUUAUACUCGCGAUGAUCUGUUUGUUAUGCAGAAUAUUGAGGACUUGGGCUACGCCUCAUUGCCAUCGAGCACACGUUUCCUCAGCGAACAGCAGCUGCGACCUCUGCUCAAGGCCCUGGCAACGUUGCACGCGAGCAGCGUGGCGUAUGAGCAACGUCAUCGCUGCACAAUUGGCGUUCAGUUUAGGAAUUGGCUGCAGGAGAAGUCUAUGGAUCCCGACAUUGACUGGUGGACCACAGGCAUAAAGGCCAUUUUGUCAGCGACUGCAACGCAUCCUUUGGUUCGUGACGAUGAAGCUGCUCAAGCUUUUAUUGCCAAUGUUCUGCCGCGUUGUCUAGACAAUAUAUACUUUAUGAUCAAUCCAUCGGCUGUGCAUCGCAAUGUGUUUUUACAUCGCGAUGCCUGGAGUGGCAACGUUUUCUAUCACAAGCAACAGCCUGAAGAUGUUUGUUGCGCCCUGGUGGACUUUCAACUGUGUCGCUAUGCGCCACCAGCUAUUGACUUCCUAAUGGCCAGCUAUUUGAAUGUGGAGCCCAAAGAUCGCAAGCAGAUGCAGCAGCGCAAUCUCAAUUAUUACCACGAUCAACUGUUGGCAGAGUUAAACGAUAUGGGAAUUGAUGCGACCAAGGAAAAACUUACACGGAAAGACUUUGAGCAAUCUUUGAAGGAUCUGGCGAUGUUUGGUGCCACCUACAAUUGCAUUACAGCCACAUUGCUACGUUUGCCAGAGAACUAUCUGAAGAAACUGAAAGACGAACAACCAGAUGAAUUUCAUCGUUAUUGUAACGUGAAUCGCACUGAUAGUCUGUUGAAUUUAAUGCUUGAGCACGAGGAUUACAAAUCUUAUUUAUUCGAUUGUAUUGAGGAUUUAUUAAAGUUGACAUACUUUAAACAAGCCAAAUGAUGUUCUCUUAUCUUCAGUUUGUGCUUUGUUUACACCCCCAAAAUUCGUUUACCUAGUAACACAUUUGCUUUAUCAACGAAGUCGUGCGCACUCUCUUCAAAAAGAUUAUCUUAUCAGCGAAAACCUCAACGGGAAUUAAUUUGUAGUUGAGAUUGCUGAAUAUGCUUUCUUGAAAAUAAAAGUAAUUGAUAAACAUUCAUACACUCACAAAAAUAAUGUGAUUGCAGAAAGAAAAAUAAAUAAACAAUACAAAAUAUUUAUUUAACA